AUGAUGUCAAAUCUUGACGAAAUAUUUCUCAAUGAUUUCAAUUUAACUUUUCUCAAUGACACAAUCCCUACGCACUUCGAUAUGGCAAAUCCUAACGAUUGGAUUCUCGCCUAUUCAAUAGUAAAAGCGUCCACUGUACAGAUCGAACGUUUAAGUAAUGUUGAAUUAUUACAUCUAACAAAUCGUCAGUCAAUAGACAAAGCACGUGUGCGCGGACCAAAGUCCAUCCGAUAUACGUGUCCAAUAUGUGGUUUGGUUACAGUGUCAAUCGAGCGUUUGCAACGACAUAUCAAUCAACAUGGUCAAACACUUCAUUUAGAAGAUUUCAAAUCUCAAAAGAAAAUCUCCUCGUUAAGUUGUGAUAAAUGCAAAGCAACAUUUUCAUCAACAUACACAUUACGAAAACAUCAGCGUGUACAUACACGAGAUAAACCAUUUUCAUGCGACUUUUGUGGUUCGAAGUUUUCUCAAUGGGGUAAUUUACGACAUCACAUUCAACGCCAUUUAGGCAUCAGUCCAUAUGCAUGUCCAUAUUGUAAGAAAACAUUCAUUGCCCCGUGUAAACUCGAAGUACAUAUCCGAGGACAUCUUGAUGAACGUCCCUACGUAUGUGAUCAAUGUCAAGCAACAUUUCGAUGCAAUGAUGAUCUACGGAAACAUCUGGUUAUUCAUGCAGACUAUAAGCCAUUUGUUUGUUGGUUAUGUGCCAAAGAAUUCUUUCAUGCUUCGAAACUACGGUUGCACAUGAAAGAUAAGCAUAAUCUGAAUGUCACCAUUAAGAAAAAAGACGUUUUGGAAGGUGGAACUGAAUAUGAACUAACUGUGAAUGACGAACAAAAGAAGGACACAUUGGUUGAUGAAACGAUUGUAAAUUUAACCGACAACGGGCAUCUGUUAAAUGAAUUCAAUAUGAAUGAUAUCGAAUCAUUUAUUUUAGUAGAUAAUGAUGUGAAAAAUUGUAGUCAACAUCCCGAUUCCAAUCAUUUCGACGAUUUAAAAUUAAUUGAUUUUUCGAUUAUAUAG